AAUGUGGAGGUAAAAUGCAUUUAAGAGAGGGGGAAUUUGAACGGGCGCACACAGACUUUUUCGAAGCUUUCAAAAAUUAUGAUGAGUCGGGCUCCCCGAGGCGUACGACGUGCUUAAAAUACCUCGUUCUUGCUAACAUGCUGAUGAAAUCUGGAAUCAAUCCUUUCGACUCCCAGGAGGCAAAGCCCUACAAGAAUGAUCCGGAAAUAUUAGCAAUGACGAACUUGGUCGUUAGUUAUCAGAAUAAUGACAUCAAUCAGUUCGAGUUGAUUCUCAAGCAAAAUAGGAAUAACAUCAUGGACGAUCCAUUCAUCAGAGAACACAUUGAAGAUUUAUUACGUAAUAUACGGACUCAGGUUCUGAUCAAGCUCAUUAAGCCUUACACACGUAUCCACAUACCUUUCAUCAGUAAAGAGUUGAAUAUUGAUGUAUCUGAGGUUGAGAGUCUCCUCGUUUCUUGUAUUCUGGAUAGUACCAUUCGAGGUCGUAUUGAUCAGGUGAAUCAAGUUCUCGAGCUCGACAAAAAAUCCCUCGGCGCUGCCCGCUAUAAUGCUCUAGACAAAUGGACAAGUCAACUUCACUCACUUCAUCUGGCUGUGGUAAACAAGAUGUCCUAAGUUUAUCUGCGACUCAAAAAACAUUAGUUGUUACCACUGUGAAUACGAAAUGUUCCCCAGUCAAAAUCGGGUAGCCGCAGUUGAAUUCGAGAGUUAAACAAUAAGGGGAAGGAUGAGAGCAAGAGAAUAAUAAUAAAUGAAAUUCAGCGUGAUAUUUUCUACUUGUAGAAGAAAAAAACGAAAAAAGGAGAAUUAAAGCAACAGUAACCUGAAUGAACUUCAUGAGAUCAAUAAAACCUGUUCGUUCGAUUUUGAUUAGUUUCAUUGAAAUUUAUGCAUACCAGCGGGUCCAGUCUUCAAUUAAUUUGACCCUACCUUCAGAGUAGUUUUUUUCCUUUCACCCAUCGUUCUUUUAACUACUUAUUGGAAGUCAAUCAAGAGUCACCAAAAUUUCUGAACGAAUUUAGUACUUUGGAAGAGUCGAUUUCCCCAUCGUGUUCGGUUUGGAAUCAUCUGAAUAAUCAAUGAUUCUGAUAAAAAUGUCGAACCUGUUUUGCAUCUCACAAAAUAUUUUACAGAGAUUGUCCGUUUGUAGUUCUGUUUAAAAUGAGAGGAGAGUGAGAUAAUGGACUGUUUCAACAGUCUUCUUCAGAUAUUCAUCUCUGAAACAGGUCAAUAGAUCUACCUCACUCUAAACUCAUUACCUGAGAGGAUUUUUUUAUGAAAACUAAUGAUCCUAUUUAAUCAACGGUUCAAUUAGUCAUUUAAAUUUUUGAAAAAUUAUGUGUUUAUUUCAAUAAAUCAAGUUUAAAUUUC